CACUCCUUCAGACGCUACUUCUCUUUGCCUCAACACACAGACAUGGCAACGAUUACGUCCGUCAUGUCUGCAGAUGGUAUCCUCACAAUCACUGCGCCAAAAAUAAAAACAGAAACGACAAAAGAAAAUGCAAUCAAUCAAACUUCCGCUUCGAAUUAUCUUGAGAAAGUCAGCGAAACUCGAAAACAAAUGGCUUCAAAGGACGAAUCUCAAAUAGAUUCAGAACACUCGUCAUCUACACGAAAAGAAAGCUGUUCAUGCAAUUUUGGGUCCAAAAUAACAGUUGAUUCUAGAUUUCACCACGGUUCGUGGGACACAUCCUUGCCCAUCACUCGAAGGGGAGCUUUCUUCCAAGACUCAUUCUUCUCCGGUAUACAUCGCGACUUCGAUGCCUCCAUCAGGAAUGUCCUCAAUGGCUGGAAUGACGCCGACCUCCAUCUGAAGGACUGCUGGGACGAUGACGACUUCCACCGCAGCGACAGACUGGGCCGCUACAGACAACUUCGAUCGCAGAACCUGUGGAGUGACAACCAGGCCGUUACAGUUACCUCGAAUAAUAUUAGUUAUAAGAUCUUGUUGGAUAUGCAUGCCUUUGUGGAUGGAGAGGUGAAGGUGAAGUUGAUGGGCGAGAAUGAGCUGUUGGUGGAGGCCCAUUCAGCCAGCUCCUCGCUCACCUUCAGACGCAGCUUUUCCUUGCCUAAGUCCAUUGACAUAACGUCCAUCACGUCUGUCAUGUCGUCAGAUGGCAUCCUCACAAUCACUGCGUCUAAGAAGGAGAGUGAAACACAACAGAAGACUUCUGUCAUCCCCACUAGUGUCAAGGAAACGCACAAUGCAUCAGAAGUUCACAGCCCAACUUCCUUCACGACCUCGGGAGUUUCUGAGGAAGUAGCAUCUGGCCGAGGAAUGCCCUACACAGCCCAAGAAGAGGAACGCAAAUACGCACAGUGCUCUCAGGAGAAUAUCGACAAGGACAAGAUCCAAACAGCAGCUUUCAAUAUCUCAAGCAACACCCAACAAUCAUCGCAGAAGCAAUCGUCUGUCAUCACAGACUUUGCUUCCACAAGACUUUCCGACUCGCUAGAAGCAAAGAAAGCUCUUGUGAAUACGCAAGAAGAUUCCUUGCCCAUCGCGAGGAGAGGAAUCUUCCAAGACUCAUUCUUCUCCGACCUACGCCAAGGCUUCGACGCCUCUGUCAGGGAAAUCUUGAAGAAAUACAAUGACUCCGACCUCACAGUGACAGACGAUGUCAGUCACAGUGACAUCCUGAGCCGCUACAGGCAGCUUCGAUCUCGAAACAUGAGGGAAGAGAACCAGGCCUUCUCCGUCUCGUCAGAAGGUGCUAGCCUCAAGAUCGUGAUGGACGUGCAUGACUUCAUGUGCGGAGACGUCAAGGUGAAAGUCGUAGACGAGAAGGAGCUGGUGGUGGAAGGGCGCGUGGAGAAGGAAGAAGGAAGGUCAUCCGUCUCGUCACACUCCUUCAGACGCCACUUUCCCCUGCCUCACCGCACUGACAUGACACACAUCGCUUCUGUCAUGUCUUCAGAUGGUAUCCUCACCAUAACUGCUCCCAAAACGGCAGGAGAACCACACCAAAACAACCACUUCUCCAUGACUGAGGAAAGGAUGGAAUCAACAACGGCUCAAGACUCAAUACCUGAAGCACUUUCGUCCAUGAUGGAGAAAAAUAUCUCCGUCCACGAGAAUCUUGUCAAUGUAGAUCAGAAGGACUUUGAGUGUGAACGAAAACACACAUACGAGAACAAGAUGAGAAGGCUGAAGAAAGAAUGUGAAUUUCCUGCUGAAUCCAAGGAAGUUUUAAAGGCCAAUAUCUGUCAAAAUCAGUCUGUGGAUGUGUGUACAACUGCUUCUGUCCAUGAACAUGGAAACGAUGUUAAUAAUCAGGAUCAUGAACUCAAGCAAUUGUCUGAAACAUUCAAAUCAACAAUCACUGAGAAAACUAUUUGUGAUGAUUCUAUUUCUACUUAUGAUGAACAAUCAGAAUCAGAAUUUGAGUCGACAGAAGCCAUGAAACUGCACGAGGAAAUCUUGCCCAUCACUCGAAGAGGAAGCUUCGUUCAGGAUUCCUUCUUCCUCGAUGUCCACCAAGAGUUCUACACUGCCAUCAGAGAGUUCCUGAGGAAGUGGGUUAUCGCAGACAGCGAAACGACAGACAGUGAGGACUUCCUUAGCCUUAGUCACAGUGAUAUUAUGAACCGCUACAGACAGCUUCGAUCCCGUGAUUUGAGGGAAGAAACUCAAGUCUCUACCGCCACGUCCGACAACACUAGUUACAAGAUCGUGUUGGACGUCCAAGACUUCAUGAAUGGGGAUCUGAAGGUGAAGGUGGUGGACGAGACUAAGGUGGUGGUGGAAGGACGUAUGGCGAGGAGAGAAGAAGGAAGCUCAUCUGUGUCCUCGUGCUCCUUCCGACGCUGCUUCUCCUUGCCAGAGCAUAUUGAUAUGACAACCAUGAUGUGCAUCUUGUCUUCAGAUGGCAUUCUUACGAUCAUCGCUUCGAAAAUGGCAGAAGAAUCGGAAGAAUACAAAGUGAUCAGCUCCAUUGAGGAAGUUCGAGAGUCCCCUGAAGUUCAACGCUCUGAAUUCCCAACUAAUGAAACAAUCUCUCUCCAUGAGGAAUGUGAAAAAGUAAGCAAAACCACACAUGAUUGCAUUGAGUUCGAAGAUGUAAAGAUUCCAGUCUCCUCUGAAGAAAUGUGUCACUCAGUGAAAUCCGAGACAGCCCAGCAAAUCCUUCUGUCGACUGAUUCUGUAGCAACGUCGAGUCAUGAUACUGCUUUUGACUUUGUAAAAAGUCAAAAUCAUAGCAAAGAAACUAUUGGCACACUAGAAUCUGCAGAAGCGAUGGCUGAUGAUUCAGCUUCUGUGUCUGAUGAAAAUCAGUUUUACUCCGAAUCUGCACAAAUUUCAGAAGCUUCCCUGUGUCGCCGAAGUUCGAUUAGCAUGAAUGAAAUGUUUGAAAAUAGCUCUGCAUCACGUGACUUUGGACCUUCCCAGGAUUCUCUUCCUUCCGCCAUUCACAAACAAGAAAAAGACUCUGAAACUGUUGAAGUUCUUCAUCUUGAUGACUCCCAACAGGCAACUGAAAAUCUUGAUCUGCAUGCCACACAGGAAUCUGUUGAAAAUCUUGACCUGAAAGACUCCAGAUUUGUUGACAUUCUUGAUGCGAAAGAGCUACAAGAAUCUGCAAACAUUCUUGAAGUGAAAGGUACAUCUGUUGAAAUUCUUGAUCUGACCGACUCACAGAAAUCUAUUGACAUUCUUAAUGCAAAAGACUUCAGAAGAGCUGUUGAAAUUCCUGACCUUAAAGAUUCCCAGGAAUCUAAUGACCUUUUUUAUCAAAAGGAUUCACAGGAAGCUGCUGUGUUUGACCUGAAAGAUUCAGAUGUUCAUAUUCUUGAUCUUAAAGAUUCCAAGGAAUCUGUUGGCAUUCUUGAUGUGAAAAAUUCACAGGAAGCUGUUACUGAGGCUCAGAAUACGUCAGAAGCUCAGAACUCAAAGUCUUCAACCAUUUUGGACGAUGUGACUGAGGAUGCCGUGUCUGUGCAAGAAAAGUCCAAAACAGUUUCUGAGGAAGCACUCGACAGUGAAAUGAAUCAGUUGGCAGCAACUGAGAGUUGCACAGAUUCUCUUCAGUCAUCUGGAGAUUCUUGUACCUAUGAAAAGGAAGUCGUCGAUACUCGUGGACAGCUGAACCUUAAAGAGACAACUGAAACCGUACGUACAGGGGAGUCUACAGAAACUGUUGAAUCCUUGAAAGGAACGAGAAGGGUUCACAGAGAUUCGACAGACGAGCUCUUGCUCAUCACCAAAAGAGGAAACUUCUUCCAAGACUCAUUCUUCCUUGACGCUCACCGAGACUUCAGUGUCGCUCUCAGGCAGGUGUUGGACAGGUGCAAUGAAGUAAACUUUAAAGACGACAUUAACCUCCGUUACACCGAUAUCCUGGAACGCUAUAGGCAGCUUCGAUCUCGUGAUCUGAAGGAAGAGGAUCAGGCUGUUAUCGUUACAUCAGACAAGGCUUGUCUGAAGAUAAUUUUGGACGUCUACGAGUUCAUGAGUGGAGAUAUACAAGCGAGGGUUGUUGAUGAGAAGGAGUUAGUCAUUGAGGGACGUGUGGUGAAGAGCGAAGGAACCUCAUCCGAGACCUCUCACUCCUUCAGACGCAGCUUCUCUCUUCCGCAAUAUACUGAUAUCACUUCUGUUAUGUCAUUAGAUGGCAUCCUCACAGUUACUGUGAUCUUUAAGGAAGGAAAUGUCAAGCUAAAGGCUGCUGAACACUCUAUCAAGACUGAAGCAAAGUGCAACAUUACAAAAGAAACUAAUGACUCACAAUCACCUUCACUUUCUGCUGAAAAGCGUGUGUUUGAGGCUAAGACUGAAAACCAAGAUGGACUGAACAAAAAUAUGGCAUUGCAUUUAGAGGAAACUGGUAAUUUCUCUCGAGAUUUUGUGUCGGGGACAGAGAGGUCUAAACUUGAUUCCAAUUUCGAGGACAAUAGACUGAGACGCUUUGGACGAGAAUGUAACAGGGAGUCUCAAGAAACCAACAGAUAUAACGUCACCGAAGACACAAGUAUGGGAACGUCCUCUCGUUUCACGAGCGUUUCUCAGUCUAACUCCGCACUGAAGUCUUUUCCAGUCACGAGGAAAGGACUCUUCUUCUCCGAUUACUUUUUCCGAGACACAAGGGAGGAUUUCCAGAAAGCCGUAAGGGAAGUCCUGAGCAAAUGGGGAGAGAAGUCGUCCCACGGUGACGAGAUGACUUGCUACAGAAAACUACGAGCACGAAAUAUGAGGGAAGACAAUCAGGCAGUGACGUCUUCGGAAGAUGAACACCAUUAUAAGUUCGUCAUUGAUGUCCAAGACUUUAUGGACGUUGGAGAGAUCAGCGUGAAGGCUGUGAAUGAGAGAGAGUUGGUGGUUGAAGGUCGCUUGGAGAAGAAGGAAGACGGUUCGAAGUCCAGCAAGCGGUUCCUUCGUCGGUUCACUGUUCCUGGAGACAUUGAGCUUGAGGCUGUCAUUUCAGUCAUGUCUUCUGACGGUGUGCUUAAAAUUUUGGCUCCGAAGAGGGAGGGCCACAACCGAAAACACGUUUCGACUGAUGCAGAAGACAUGGACGAUGGCGAUGCAACGUUUUCAAGGAAAUUCACAAAUGGACAUCGUUUCGCCGAUGACUUUUUGAGACAGGAGAUUCAUUUUCGGAUCGAGAUUUUAGGAUUUCCCAGGAAAGGUCAAUGAUCGCUACCAAGCGCUUUCCAAGACGACGACGAAACUUUGAAAAUGGACUUGCUAAAACAAGGAGACAAAAGGAAAACUGACAAAGACUUUAAAUAUGACAUUCAGCUUUCAACGGAAACCAGGGUUUUACACGUGGACAGAAGAGGUGUAUUCACUGAAGACUAUUUUUUCGCGAAUUUUUCGUCCUGCUACAGCCAGGCAGUGAGAGAAGUGCUGGAAAAGGCUAAUGAAUGGACCUGUCGAAGCGCCAUGCACAACUACAGACGUCUGCGUCAGCGCAACCUCAAGUUGGAAACUCAGGCUGUUGGCAUCUUAGACGAUCAAAACUCGCACAAGAUUGUGAUGGACGUUUUUGAUUUUUUUAAGGGCGGGCGGGACGUGCAGUUGGUGAAGGGCCCAAAGGGAAUGCUGGUCGAGGGUCAAGCAGAAAGCAGGACAAGCAGAGUGUCCCGAGUGAGCUUUGUACGACGCUUUGUUCCUGACCUCGUCGAGCGAGACGCCAUCAGCUGCGUGUUGUCCUCGGACGGAAUCCUGACAUCACUCCAGAAGAAGCAUGCGGUACGGGUAGCAAGGGGAUUUUCAAAAAUGAAGGAGUCCCACGGUGACACGGCUGGAAGUGGAGGACAGAAGGAAGAAUCAAGAUUUUCAGUUGCCUGUUGGGAGUCAUCAAGAUGAAGAACUUCAACAGUU